AUGAAUGCCAAGCAUGUUGUUGAACAAGAAAAAGGAACCAAGAGAGAAAACAUACGGAUGGCAAUUGCAUUUCUUAAAGAAACUGACGGUUUGCUGAAGAUUGAGGAUAUAUUACCGUUCUUUCCAGAUUUUGCCCUGAUUGAUGACUUCAAAUAUGAGAACGAGGUCCUUUAUCUCUUUUUCGAUAUGAUGGGGAUGGGUUUCUGUCUUGAUAUGGCUGCCUUUUUAGUUGGGCAGGAGCUUUAUUGUGAUGAAGUUCAAAAUUUUCAAGGAGCAAACUCAAAAUUGAGGAGUAUAAGUUUUUCCAAAAAGGAUCCUGAAAGGCAACAAAUAUUUUCUGGAGUUCUCUUUGGAUGGAACAUAAACCAAACCGAUCAUUUCGCAUUACUCCAAUUCAAGCAGUUGAUAUCUAGUGAUCCUUAUGGUAUCUUAGAUUCUUGGAACAGUUCAACCCACUUUUGCAAAUGGAAUGGAAUCAUGUGUAGUCCCAAGCAUCAAAGAGUAACAACAUUGAUGUUGCAAGGAUACAAUUUGCAUGGAUCCAUAUCUCCAUAUAUUGGCAAUAUCUCUCAUAUGAGAUUCCUCAACCUUGGAAACAACAGCUUCAACGGAAGCAUUCCACAAGAACUCAGUCGUUUGUCACGAUUAAGGUUUUUCCUUCUACUAAACAACUCGCUGGAUGGAGAAUUUCCUCUGAACUUGACAAAGUGCUCUGAGCUCAAAGUAAUACACAUAUCAGGAAACAAACUUAUUGGAAGUAUACCUAGUCAAAUUGGUUCUCUUCAAAAGCUUCAAAAUUUUAUUAUUGAGAGAAACAAUUUUUCUGGAAAAAUCCCACCUUCUGUAAGGAAUCUGUCAUCCCUCAUUCUUUUUGGGACUGGCUAUAAUAACUUGACGGGAAAUCUUCCACAAGAAUUGUGCUACCUAAAACAGUUGAAGAGAUUAUCACUGCAUGCCAACAAAUUGUCUGGUACACUUCCUUCUUGUCUUUAUAAUAUGUCAUCUCUUACUUUUAUCUCAGCGGCAGCAAAUAACUUUACUGGCUUUCUUCCAUCCAAUAUGUUCCACACCCUCCACAAUCUCCAAUACUUUGCCAUUGGAUGGAAUCAAUUCUCAGAAUAUCUCCGGCUUGGAAUACUUGAAUGUUUCUUUUAACAUGUUGGAAGGUGAGGUGCCAACAGAUGGUGUCUUUGGAAAUGCAACCCAAAUAGCAUUGAUUGGAAACAGUAAACUUUGUGGGUGACAUGGU